AUACUAGCUAGAUCUUUUGAAUAUAUCAAAAGUAAGCUAAAAACAAUUGUUUAAGAAAAUAAUUGAAACACCAAGAUGGCAUCAAAUCAGGAAGACGUGAAGGUUUAUGGAAUGAUGGCAAGUCCGUUUGUGAGCAGAGUGGAGAUUGCUCUAAAAUUGAAAGGAGUUGAAUACAAAUAUGAAGUAGAAAAGUCAGGAAAUUUCAGUGAUACACUAAAGAAAUACAAUCCUGUUUACAAAAAAGUUCCAGUUUUUGUUCACAAUGACAAGCCCAUAUCAGAAUCUCUUGUGAUUCUUGAAUACAUCGAUGAGACAUGGAAACAAAAUCCAAUCUUGCCUUCAGAUCCUUACAAAAGAGCUUUGGCUCGAUUCUGGACCAAGUUCAUAGAUGAUAAGUGUUUAAGUGCUGCAAGGAAAGCUGCUUUUACUAUUGAUGAGAAAGAACGUGAGAAGAGUAUUGAGGAAACAGAAGAGGCAUUUCAACUUCUUGAGAAUGAGCUCAAGGGUAAGUUCUUUGGUGGAGAGGACAUUGGAAUUGUUGACAUUGCUGCUAUCUUUAUAGCUUUUUGGUUCCCUAUUGUGCAAGAAGCAACAAGAUUGAAUUUGUUUACUAGUGAGAAAUUUCCUAAGCUUUACAAAUGGAGCCAAGACUUGAGCAACCACCCAAUUGUCAAGGAAAAAUUGCCUCCUAGAGAAUCACUUCUAGCAUACUUUAAAGGUCGUUAUGAAAGUCUUAUUGCCUCAAAAUAGAGUAAUUUGAGGUGAUACUUAUUUGGGGAGUUUUUGAAGAAUUAUAUGAACACUACUUGUUUGCCGUUUAGUUUUUUAUUUGAAUUUUCAUGUCAUAUUAGAUUUAUGUAACCUAGGAUUUUUCCCUGUUUAAAAAAUUAUAGGAUUUUGUCCUCAUUUGUACUAUUUUAAUUAAUAAAGAGAAGCCUUAUUCCUGUCAUUAUAAUUGUUUCAUUCAAGGAACCCGAAAUGGUUGAAGUCAAACUAACCAGGACAUGGAUGACGCUCUUCGAUGCAGU